GCACAAUACAAACAAACAUGGCUAAACACGGUGUGAUUGUGUCUGCACAUAAAAUAUGUGAAAGUGUUGUGCUGGGUGUUAGCAGUGCUAGCACCUCCAGCCUUCAGUCCUUCCUGUACUGGUUACACCUUGCCUUCACAGACUGGUUAUCUGCCAUUUUAACUUGACACAAUAUAUGCUUCCUUGCAGGAGGUCUGUUGUAUAAAGAGAGACCUCAGUCACACACUAACUAGAGCACAAUGAGGAACAGUAUCUUGAUAACAGCUUCACUUCUCGGUUUGAAGUCUCAGACUGUGGGGGUCCAGUCUGGUGAUGAAGUCACACUGCAGUGCUCCAACUUUUCCAGUACUUACACACAGAUCAUCUGGUUCAGACUGAACAGAAGUGAGCCUCGCUGCAUCUCCCAUAUGUUUAGGUCUUUUGAACCUGCUACAUUCUGCAGUGGAUUCAAAGAUGGAAAAUUCAACAUGACAUCAAACAUUUCCACUGUCUUCCUCAACAUCAAACAAGUGGAUUUGUCCGACUCUGGACUUUAUUUUUGUGGAUAUUAUUUGAGCAGAUAUCCACUGAUUGUUGAUGCAACAUUUUUAGAGGUUCAAGAAGUGAAUUAUGAAAUGACAAAGCUGGUGAUCGUGGUCCUGGUCGGUUUGGUGGUUGUCAUGGGGAUGAUCAUCAUUUGUCUGUCUGUUAAAAUCAAAUGGCUUCACAAAGCUCAUAUUGAAGAACAGGACCCACAACAGGACGAGAAUCUCGGGGCAGACAGCCUGAUCUAUUCCGCUGUGACUUUCCGUCCAAAAACCGAGCAAAACCUCAGGCCUGACCCCAACAGAGAAGACAACAAGAGUUGUAUUUAUUCAGGCACCAGAUAGACUCAGGAAGCACCUGCAACCGCAGCUAAAAUAGAACAAAUAGGAACUGAUGCUUUAUAAUUAAUGUGAUGGUGUGUUUCAAAGUGGUUGCUAGAAGUACAAAACAAAUUCAAAUAAUGUCGAGAGCGAGCCUGAGCAAACCACUAGGCCAAACACGUUGUUCAUUCCUCAUAAUUAUCAAAUAGAAAGCUCUUUGUGAUGAUGAAUGAUUCCUACAUCCUCCCCACAGCACAAACAAACUGUUGGGGAUCAAUUUUUGGUCUGACUUUCCUUUCUUUGUCAAUGCCAAGGUCAUCAUUUUGAUUGUUAUGCUGAUGAUACAUAGGUUUAUCUGUCCAAUGAACUAUAUCUUCUUUUGUUUAGUUCAUAAUAUUUAUUUGUUUCAUUGAGUUUCAUAGAUUUUGAAUGAUGUGGCUUUGAUUAAAUAUAUUCUGUUACAAUUUAAGAAAGCAGUUGUUUGUGAUUGUA